AUCAAAUGGUGAGACGAAUAGAUGGAGUUCUCCACGAUGAAACCAACAAUUCCACUACAAAUCAAGCCUUAGAUAUAACACAGAUGGAUCCUUGUGUGCAGCCAAGAACAGAGUCUGAAAGGAACAUAAUGCUGAGAACAUCAAUACCCAAGUCCUUAGUGAAAACUGCCCUUUACAUGGAGCAAGGGCAUUCUAUGCCUAAGACCACAAGAGCAUUGAUGAAGGGGAUGUUUACCCAAAGAGAGCUGACCUUCAUGAAUAUUUCUGGAAGGAAACAGAGUGGUGCAAAAACUAUAGUGGGAACCUUAGAUCCAGUUCGUCUUAGUUCCAUUAUAGAUUUCGUUGUUGAAAGGUUCAAGUGUUCAGAGGGUGCAGUUAGGGCAGAAAUAGGAAAGAAAUUGAGGGACACUCAAAAUCGGAAACGCAACCCCUUAAUGACAUCAGACAAAAGUACCCCGUGAAAACACCCUUAACCAGAUAAGAGAUAUGUGGACAUUCAAUGAUAAUGGCAUUGAAACAUAUGCAGGGUGACCAAAAAACAGAACUGCCUUAAAUUGAAAUAUUUUCUUUAGAAUCUAUGCAUUCAACCAGAUGCAUGAGACCCAUCCAAGGAGUCCUACCUCAGACUAUCACUGUUUAUGACCCAAAAUAUCACAUAGAAGGCUCAAUAGUUUCUGAUACACUUUCUCAAUAAUGAUCCUUACUAAGAUUCUUAAAGAUUGAGCUAAAUAAGAAACUAGUAAAAUUUGAUAGGUCAAACAGGCCACAGAUGUCCCAUUAAUGAGACAUACUUGUCCAAAAGUAUUUCCUUUUUUGAUUGUUCAUGAUAGAAUGAACAUUGAACAUAAUGUAACAGUUUUGAUAUUAUAUAGCUUCAUCAAUAUAUUGUAGUUUCUGUGUAGACUAUGAUAUUAAUAUACAAUAUGGUAUUAAUAUAAGAAAUAAUUGUUUAAGUAUAUUAGUAGUACUAACAGUGGAACAAAAUGUAGUCAAGAAAUAUAUGCUAUAUACAGGGUAGGCCAAAAAACGCCACUUUUUUCAAAAUGCUAUAACUUUUUUAAUUUUUGAUACAAAAUCAUAAUUCACAUACCAAAUGAAACUUGAGGUUGUUAUCUAGCCAUUGAUCAUGAAUUAUACACUUUUACUUGAAUAAAAUAUGUCACCAG